UACCAUGAAUUUCUCGCCUAUUUUCGUGUGGUUUUCAGAAAGGCUGAUGACAAAUGUUGGGCGGGGUCAGCCUCCGCGGGUAUAAAAGCGGAAGCACCGCCCGGCCCUUCACCAGUUGUUGCUUCGACCCCGCUGGGUGCAAUACGCAACGCAAAUACUCCGUUUAAAACUCACCUUUCCUCUUUUUCCCUGCUUCUCUUCCACCUUCUAACUGAAAAUGCGCGAGUGCAUCUCCAUUCACGUCGGUCAGGCUGGCGUCCAGAUUGGCAAUGCCUGCUGGGAGCUGUACUGCCUGGAGCAUGGCAUCCAGCCGGACGGGCAGAUGCCCAGCGACAAGACUCUUGGAGGAGGAGACGAUUCCUUCAACACCUUCUUCAGUGAAACUGGAGCAGGGAAGCAUGUGCCCCGGGCUGUUUUCGUGGACCUGGAGCCCACUGUCAUCGAUGAGGUUCGCACCGGAACGUACCGCCAGCUGUUCCACCCAGAGCAGCUGAUCACUGGGAAGGAAGACGCCGCCAACAACUACGCCCGCGGACACUACACCAUCGGCAAAGAGAUCAUCGACCUGGUCUUGGACAGGAUCCGCAAACUGGCCGACCAGUGCACAGGGCUGCAGGGCUUCCUGGUCUUCCACAGCUUCGGCGGGGGCACCGGCUCCGGCUUCACCUCCUUGCUGAUGGAGCGUCUGUCCGUGGACUACGGCAAGAAGUCCAAGCUGGAGUUCUCCAUCUACCCGGCGCCCCAGGUGUCCACGGCCGUGGUGGAGCCCUACAACUCCAUCCUGACCACCCACACCACCCUGGAGCACUCGGACUGCGCCUUCAUGGUGGACAACGAGGCCAUCUACGACAUCUGCCGUAGGAACCUGGACAUCGAGCGUCCCACUUACACCAACCUCAACAGGCUGAUCAGUCAGAUCGUGUCCUCCAUCACGGCUUCCCUUCGCUUCGACGGGGCCCUCAACGUGGACCUGACCGAGUUCCAGACCAACCUGGUGCCCUACCCUCGUAUCCACUUCCCUCUGGCCACCUACGCCCCGGUCAUCUCGGCGGAGAAGGCCUACCACGAGCAGCUGUCGGUGGCUGAGAUCACCAACGCCUGCUUCGAACCGGCCAAUCAGAUGGUGAAGUGCGACCCGCGUCACGGCAAGUACAUGGCCUGCUGCCUGCUCUUCCGUGGCGAUGUGGUGCCCAAAGACGUCAACGCCGCCAUCGCCACCAUCAAGACCAAGCGCACCAUCCAGUUCGUGGACUGGUGCCCCACUGGCUUCAAGGUGGGCAUCAACUACCAGCCCCCCACUGUGGUCCCUGGUGGAGACCUGGCCAAGGUCCAGAGAGCCGUGUGCAUGUUGAGCAACACCACUGCUAUCGCAGAGGCCUGGGCUCGACUCGACCACAAGUUUGACCUGAUGUACGCCAAGCGCGCCUUCGUCCACUGGUACGUUGGCGAGGGCAUGGAGGAGGGAGAGUUCUCCGAGGCCAGGGAGGACAUGGCCGCCCUGGAGAAGGAUUACGAGGAGGUGGGCGUCGACUCCAUCGAGGGGGAAGGUGAAGAGGAAGGAGAGGAAUAUUAAAAAAAAAAGGCAGUGGCGCUAAAGGCUGAGGCAUCAGGUUUCCUUGAUCGCUUCCCUGUCGACUGUCAGUUUGGCUGUUCAGAGUAAAACCCUGGAAUUGUCACAAUUGGCUUAUCUGAAUAAAAUCUUGCGACACAUGAA